AAGCAUCAAGACAUCACAUAAGCCGCCACGUGGCAAGCUCCAAAGCCCUAGAAAAACAAAAUAUUAGGGUUUAAGAACUUUCAUUUCAUUUCAUUGUUUCGUUUCGAUUUCAGGAGCAGCCAUAAUCGCUUUUCAAGGUUUGAGCAAUGGCGUUCUUCGGUAAAAUGGGAAAGUUACUCCAGAAUUCUGCUGUCAAGCACAUCAAUCAUGAUUUAUCUAUGUCUACUCCUUCGUUAUUUCAAGCAAUUAGAUCCAUGUCAUCUGCAAAGCUUUUUAUUGGAGGUGUUUCAUAUAGCACUGAUGAAACUGGUCUCCGAGAAGCUUUUUCUCGCUAUGGAGAUGUUCUUGAUGCAAAGAUUAUCAUGGAUCGUGAUACAGGAAGGUCCCGAGGUUUUGGCUUCAUAACUUUCGCAACGAGCGAGGAAGCAUCCUCUGCCCUGCAGGCCAUGGAUAACAAGGAACUUGAUGGUCGGACAGUACGAGUGAACUAUGCUACAGAAAGGGCGCGUCCUGGGUUUGGUGGCGGUGGUUAUGGUGGCGGCGGUGGCUAUGGCGGCGGCGGUGGCUAUGGUGGUGGUGGUGGCUAUAGUGGUGGUGGUGGAAAUUAUGGUGGUGGUGGCGGAAAUUAUGGUGGCGGAAAUUAUGGUGGCGGAAACUACGGUGGUGGUGGUGGUAGUACAUAUGGUCGCAAUGAUUAUAACAGUAGUGGAAGCUAUGCAAGUGGUGGUGCCCCAGACAGCUAUACUGGUGGCCAUGUCGGUACUACUUCUGCUGCUGGUGGUGAAUUCAGCAGCAACUCUAAUUUGGGAUAUGACGCUGGUAAGAAUGAAUUCGGUGAGCCGUUAGAAAACAACCAUGUGCCAGAGAACAAUGAUCAAUCUGAUGACUAUGCUGAGACCCGUAGAUGAGGUGAGUGUAUUUUCAUCAUGAAGGAAUUCCUUGCGUAGAGCAAGUAAAUUGAGGAUUGAUGAUAUAAUCAAAUGUGUUUUCAGAACUUCGUUGUUUGGCUUCAAUUUGAUAGUUUGUCAGCUCAAUGACUGAUGUAAAAAUAAGAGCUUUCUAGGAUUGUUUGCUAUUACAUUUAUAAUGAUUUACUUUUUCAACCA